AAGUUCAAAGAAGGCUAUUCACAGCACGUGACUCUGAUUAACCAAUCAAUAUCGGCACUUAAGCUGAAGUGACGCAUUCGUUUGAAUAGCCUGAAUAAUGUUAUUGUCAGCACAUGAUUCGCUGCAGAUGGCAUAUUAUAUCAUCUUGUGAGUUCAUUCUGAAAGAUUCACCAGGAACUAGGAUAAAGGUCAAAGGAUAUAUUUCAGUUUUCUACAUGCCCCUCGCUUCCGUAAUGGGCAGUCACGUGGUAUAAACACUCAGUCGACAGUUUGAGGAUUCAGAGUUACAUCUGCGUUUGUUGUGGAUGCAUAACGUUCCUGGUGGGUAAACGUUAGGUGUUUGGUCCAAUCAAGGGACAAGAUGGAAACUCCUGUCGUUACAAGGGACCAGAGCCCAUCAAGUGUGAUGCAUAGUCGCCAUGGAGAUGAUGUUCAGGGUGCUUCUGGAGGUGGUGAAGCAGGGCAAAAUGUACAUGGCGUACAUGGAGGUCCUUCUGCUGCUUCCAACCACAUUCGUACCAAAGAGACGGAUGGGGCCUCUAUCACGUCUUUAGAUUCUGUAAAAUCACGGGAUAAUUCUGAGGCUGAACAUAAAACUGAUCUGAGUGUAAGCAGUAAAUGGAAAGUUACUGAAAGACUUGAUGAGAAACUUCUUGCCUCUCGCAAACCACCAUUACUUGCUCCAAUUGUUAAGUGGAUGUGGACUAUACUGAUUGGAGUAUUUCUUCUCGCAUGCCUGUCAGCCAGCAAGCUUUCCGUCGUGGGUCUGGCAGAAAGACUCAACAACUCUACCAAAGAAGCUAUCUCUGCGAGCACCAGAGAGGGGAGGAUAGAAGCUACUCGUGUGUUUCUGAUGCUCGCCCUGAUUUUACUUGUGCCGUGCUGUUUCAAUUUCCUAAGAGCUGUGAUCCUCUCUUUAUUCCGGAAGGACAUGCCGUGGCCAAGCAUCAAGUCUAUAAUAAUAGGUAUUGGUGCUGCUGUACUGGAAUCGUUUGGAGUGUGUUUGUUUGCGUUGAAGGUUUUGGUGAAAUACAAAGGCUACCUCACCAUACUUCUGAUGAAUGCUGUGCUCGUUGUUCCACUUGUUGUCAACACAGUUUUCUACGCAAUCCACAGACGACGACAACGAAGGGGCACGGCAGUCUGUGCCAUUUCCGCGUUGGCGUGCGUGUUUCAAGUUGCUGGUUUGGGAUUAGUUCUGUUUCUGGUUCUAGAACAGGACACGAAUAGCGACAUAUGGCAUGCCUUAGUUUCCAUUGCUUGUCUCACUGUAGCUUGGGUCCCAGCCAUACAGAAACUGACUGUAAAAUCGAAACUUGAAACAGAUGCCAGUUCCAGCUCAGGAGAAAUAGCUUACUCCAGGAUAGGAGACACCGAGACUCACUUUGCAGGACCCGGAUUGCAGUCAGCCGGUUCAUCAUGGAAGAUGGGAAUCAUAUCCAACUUUGUCAAAGCUGUGUGUGUGUUGGUUUUCAGCUACAUAUUGUUUUACGUUGACGGCAACAUCUAUUCAACUGAAAUGCUGUUGAAGAAUGAGACGUAUGAAGAUUUCCUUGCGGCUUGGAGGUUUGUCAUCAACAGUAACUGUAAUUACUUCCUCACUAACAUACAUGCAACAUUGGUCGGAUACUUUCUUUCCUUACUUGCCUGUCAGACUGCCGUACACAAAUGGGCCUUUGCUAUCCCAAUCUGUCUAACUUGCCCUCUGUUCGUGGUAGUUUUGCUGGUGAAAAGUUGCUGUUUAGUCGCCUUGCCUUUCUCUCCCGGGGCGUGUGUAGACGACAACAGGAACCUAUGGGCUGUGAUAGUAGCGACAGCUUGUUUCUGUCUCGCUCAUCUUCAUUGUACAACGCUGCUGAUUUUCAGAAGCAAGUUCAUCCCACCCCAAAAGGAAUCAUCAAUAUUCUGGCUGCCAUCCUACAAUGGCGUUCUGCUGGAGCAGUGGUUGAUCCUCAACAGGCAGACAGAGCAAAGAGAACAACCACGCCCAACCCACAGGAGGAGUCGAGUGUACAUCUGUACGACCAUGUACAGAGAGACACAAGACGAGAUGAGACAACUUCUCCAGUCCAUCAACCAAAUCAACUUGGCUCGUUUUCAUAAUGACAGGUUCUUCGAGUCACAUAUCAUGUUCGACAGUGGAAUACGGAAGAAAAAUAUCUCAGAAUUUCCUCUUCAGCUCCUGACUCUGAUCCAAGAAACUCUAGGUAUCCUGACAGACAACUGCACGAAGGUGGAGACGCCAUAUGGGAUGAAGUUGAGCUGGAACCUGCCACAGUCAGCUUCAGACGUCAGACCAAUGACGUUUAACAUACAUCUUAAGGACGAACGCAAGGUUCGAAACAAGAAACGCUGGAGUCAAAUCAUGUACAUGUCCUACGUGAUCGACUUCCUGGUGACCUCGAUUGAUGAAGACUGCUUCAUCCUGACGACGGAUGGUGAUGUCGCAUUUACUCCAGAAUCGGUGGAAGCGCUUCUUGAUCUCAUGACACGUGACCCCACAGUUGGUGCAGUAUGCGCACGCACCCACCCAAUCGGAAGUGGACCUCUUGUAUGGUAUCAAGUGUUCGAGUAUGCAAUAGGACACUGGUUUCAGAAGGCAGCAGAACAUGUUCUGGGUUCGGUGCUCUGGGCUCCGGGGAGUUUCAGCGUGUACCGGUGUGUCGCCCUCAAGGAGAUCCUCACAGUAUACUCCUCCAAUGUGGAACAUGCGUUUGAUUUCCUCACAAAAGACAUGGGAGAGGAUCGCUGGCUGUGUACACUCAUGAUUCAGACCGGCUGGGGAAUUGAGUACUGCGCAGCCUCAAAGAACUCCACGCACUGCCCUAGUGACUUUGAGGAGUUCUACAAACAGCGUCGACGUUGGAUCGCCUCAACCAUUGCCAACUUAAUGCUACUGAUCAAACAGUGGAAGAUCAUUCGGCUGUUCAACUACCGAGUGUCACCGCUGUUUAUUGCCUAUCAGAUUGCUCUUCUCGUGUCAACUCUGAUUGGUCCAAGCAUGGUCAUCUUAAUUGUUUCAGGCGGUUUGUCAUUCGCCUGGGACGUGGCUCCUGUAAUCUCAGGGCUGCUUCAGCUCAGAAUCGCUGCCAGCUUCACCUUCAUCUGUCUCUUCACGUCGGAGAAGACGCAGCUUCUGACUGCGAAGCUGCUGACGUUCCUCUAUGCUAUUGUGAUGGCGAUGGUGAUUAUAGGGGCGGCCAUAAACAUAGCAGAUGAGCUGAACAAAGAUGAUGGACCUGGAUUUCAAGUAUUAACGGAGAACCUUCAACUUUUUGGCAAUGGAUCGGGUACCCAAAAGCCUCCAGGGGAAGCUUUUCUUUCCGCCGACUCUGGGAGCAGUACGAAAUUAUCACCAACCACAAUCUACCUGUGGUCAAUCUUUUCCGUGUUUGUCCUCGCUGCCGUGCUUCACCCUAGAGAGUUUCUGUGCCUCAUAUAUGGCAUAUGUUACCUUCUGUGUCUACCAUCCGGGUACCUGCUGUUGAUGAUCUACAGCGUGUGCAACAUUCCAGACAAGAGUUGGGGAACCCGAGAGAAGAAAAACUAUGGAGACGUUAUGGGGGAACCGGGAUACAAGCGGCUUCAGAAGAUAAUGGAGAUCCUAUGUUUUUGCUGUAUCAAACGGGGAAUCUCCACUGACAAGACCCUCAAAAUUGAAGUGCCUCCGUUUGAGAAAUGGGCAUCUAACGAGGUUCUAAAGCCUGGCGCGAGCAGUGAACCGCGGUCGGCGGAUGUCCAUGACGAUGACGACCAAGAUGAGUACCUGUCCAUCCCAGUUGAGGAGUGGCUUCCCACGGAACUAAAGGAGUACAGCACUUUGUUCAGACAGUAUGGGUAUGACAGCACUCUCUUCAUAUCUGGUAUGACUGAGAAAGAGCUGUAUAACAUCGGCAUCAAGGACACGGGGGCGCGCCAGGAUCUGCUGCAGAUGAUCGAGAUACUGCCUGCAUUUGAGAUAGAGUACGGAGUACCGAAUAGUGUUAUACAAUGGCUGGAGACUAUAGGUCUGGCUGAGUAUGAGCAGAACUUCAAGAGGAACCGCAUCAAGAAGGCCAAGGAUCUCAGCAUACUGAAGUCAUACGGGAGAAAGGAGGUAGAGAAGGAACUGGGGAUUACUAUGGCCGGUCACAUCAAACGGUUGCUGUAUGCUACACAGAAGCUGAGGGAACCAACUAACGCUGAGGAGAAGGCUGCCGAGAUGAAAGCCCUUGUUGACAGUUCACAAAAAACAACUCCUCAGACAUGUCUGAGCUUCCUGCUGAUAUUCGGCAUCCUGCUGGUGAUACAAUUCCUGGCCAUGAUCAUCCACCGCAUCUCAACUCUCGUCCAUUUCAUGGCCAGGGCACCGUUCAAAUAUGGAGAACCGAUGGCGACCUCCUGGUCCUUCCAAAGCCAGCUCGUGCCUCAUGAUCCCGAGUUGCAAGACGACGUGGAGACCAUACGAGCAGUAACGGAUGAUGAGUCAAGGCAACAGGGAAAUAGUGUUAUACAAUGGCUGGAGACUAUAGGUCUGGCUGAGUAUGAGCAGAACUUCAAGAGGAACCGCAUCAAGAAGGCCAAGGAUCUCAGCAUACUGAAGUCAUACGGGAGAAAGGAGGUAGAGAAGGAACUGGGGAUUACUAUGGCCGGUCACAUCAAACGGUUGCUGUAUGCUACACAGAAGCUGAGGGAACCAACUAACGGCAGACUAGGAGAGCUGAGGAACUCGUGGCUCAUGGUUCUGGCUGUCAGCAACUCAUUGUGGCUCAUUCUCAUCAUCACUUUGGCAGCUAAAACCCAGUUCAAAAUCUUUGGUGCGAACUCAUUAGGUCUGAGCUUCCUGCUGAUAUUCGGCAUCCUGCUGGUGAUACAAUUCCUGGCCAUGAUCAUCCACCGCAUCUCAACUCUCGUCCAUUUCAUGGCCAGGGCACCGUUCAAAUAUGGAGAACCGAUGGCGACCUCCUGGUCCUUCCAAAGCCAGCUCGUGCCUCAUGAUCCCGAGUUGCAAGACGACGUGGAGACCAUACGAGCAGUAACGGAUGAUGAGUCAAGGCAACAGGAAGCAGAAAGGAGACAUAUAGAUUCUUCUUCCGGGAGUAUUUCUGCCACAGCUCCACUGUUGAGUACUUCAACCCAAAGAGAGCUCAAAACACCACCCUUUUAAACUGAGGGUAAAGCUUCGAUGAACGAUUGUUUUUCUUUCCCGAGUGAAUUAUCAUGUGAAGUAUCAUUUCUGUAUAUUUUGAUUGUUUUCACCUGUCAAGACCAAUAGUGUCGCAAGUAUUGCUAUACCUGAGUGUGUAGAAUAUCCAUGCAUCAAAACUGCAAUUGCUGAAGUAUUUUUGUCAUGAAGCAUAAUAUUGUAUCAGGUGGACCACAAUCCGGCCAUCCUUAAACUCUUUGACAUAGUGGUCGGAAAUUACAACUUUUUAUGUCGGAAAUUACAACUUCCAAACGUGGAGACUAUUUGCUGUACUCACAUUUCUAUGGUCCAUUGAGAAGGCACAUGCAAUUCCAAUUUUUCAGACGUACUUUCCACGUAAAUAAUUAAUCUUGAUUGAAUAUACAUCCUUGUUUCACACAGUCACGGCUUUUAACGACUGAGUUGCACUGUGUGGUAUAAUGAAGGUCCAUGUGUUUCAUAUCACAUAAUACGAUUGCUCAUAACUCCACACAAACAAAACAUAACAGCUUCUUCUUUUAGGUCCGAUAAAACACAAAGAGUUAAACUGAAAAAAGUAUGGAGUUAGUUUCGUUUGUUAGGAUAAAAUAGCACAAGCAUAUUUGUAUUUACUGUGCUGUUGUCCACAGGUUCCUUGCCGCAAGCAGUAACCUUAACCUAUAUAAGGUAACGGUGCAUUCGCUGUUAAACACGUAAACCAAAUAGGUAGAUCGACAACAUUAUCUUCAAGGCAUCCGAAAGAUCUACCCUAUUGAUAUAGACAUUGGAAAAGCCCGUGUGUGUGUUAUAACAUUUCAUGAGGUUUUAAAUGAAGAACUGUCAGUUUUUUUCCUAUUUAUAACGGUGUAAUAUAUGAAUUGCAUAAUAUAAGCAGCUUCGAUUGGCUGUCUGCCCAGCCAUCAUUACAAUUGCAAAAUGUAUUAUGUGUAUUCCACCCAGUUGUUCAGGUAUAUGUCCAGGAUUUCAAUGCCUUUUUAAUACGCAAUCUUCCUUUCUACCAGAUUAAUUUGACAUGAUAUAAAGAUGUGCCUUUCGA